ACCUCACAAUUUAUUCUCUAUUAAAAAAGGUUCACUCAUUCAACCUCUCAACCAAAACACAUUGCAAUAUUUUCUUUGCAAACCAUAGUCAUGGCUUUCAUGAACAAAUUCUCAGCCACCAUUUUAGUACUUUCUCUCCUUGCUUACUCAACAUUCACUGAAGCCAACAGUUCAUGCCCUCCAUCACCAAAGCCAACACCACCACCUUCAUCCCAAGAUCAUUGCCCUAAAGACACCUUAAAGCUAGGGGUUUGUGCAGACAUCUUAGGAUUGGUUAAUGUUGUCGUUGGAGAUCCUCCUUCAGGUAGUAAUUGUUGUGCUUUACUCAAAGGUUUGGUUGAUUUGGAGGCAGCAGCAUGUCUUUGCACAGCAAUUAAGGCCAAUGUGCUUGGAAUAAACUUGAAUGUUCCUAUCACACUAACUUGGAUACUUAGUGCAUGUCAAAAAGAUGUUCCUCCUGGUUACCAAUGUGUUUAAGGAUUCAAAUUAUGUUGUGUCUCGUUGUUGGCAUUAUGUUUGGGAGUAACACUUUCUCAAUAACAUUUGUUUUAUUAUUGGUUGAAACUCAUGGAGGAUAUUUACUCUUUACCGUCGAAACAUGACUCGUGUGAAUUAGUGAAACUCUUACAAAUUUCAACCAAUAAUAAAAA